UUAGCUUUCAAUUGCAUGUGCAGUAGCUGUGUCUCGAAUGCUUGGUUUGUUGGGAGAAUUGAUCUAUUGCUACAAGAGGGCUGUCGAAACCACAGCUGUUAGACAAAGCCCGGUUUUAAGCUUCUGGCAAAAAAAGAAUAAUUUUAACAAACAAAUCCUAAUGUGUAUGAAGAACAUCACUGCCUAAAAUCUCAGAUCAUCAAUUACCGUGGUACAAAAAUAGAAAAUAAGAGAAACUGUCCAACCUACUGUAUACAUUCGUCACAAAAGUCAGACCGAAGGAGCACAUGAAAUAAAUAAUCAAGACACCUUUUUGGAGGAUGCAGUUAGGAGAGGCGCUUUUACCCAGCACGCCUAUCAAUUUGCCCAAGACGUUUUACAACCUCUCCUCCUCCGAGAGUAACAAUAACAGUCCCGGAUCGACGCAGCUCGACUUUCAGGAGGUGGAUCGGACAGACUCGGAACCAGCGAACGGGUCCAAAAAGUACCUGGGCACCGGGGGCAACAGCAUGUUGAGCGAGGGGGAGACCGAGACCUUCGGCGGAGCUAAAGUCGCACCAGACGGCAGGAAAAGUUCUCCAGGUGUAGGCGAAGACGACUUGUCCAGCGGCGGCCGCUAUAACAUAGACGGUCUGGGCUCGGAAAGAUAUUUCAUAUCGUCCACCCCCCAGCAGGCCACCGAGGUGGGGAAUCCGUGCUCUCUGUUCCCCUAUGCAGGCCAGCCGGGGACGGUGUAUGCUGCGUCCAGCGGCUCCAGGUAUCCAGCCUCCUUGCAUUACGGAUCUGUCCUCCCGCCCAGCGGGUUUUCCUCUGCUGUCUGCGCCGGUAGGAGUCAGUUUGGGCCGGGGUAUCAGUUUGGACAAGGUCCGGGGUGCCUCUACCCUUCGUACCCGGCGACAGGUUCGAGUAUCGGUUCGUUGUCCAUCCCGGGGACGGGGACUGGAGUUCGGGCUCAAGUCUACCUCUGCAACCGGCCGCUGUGGCUGAAGUUUCACCGGCAUCAGACAGAAAUGAUCAUCACCAAACAGGGAAGGCGAAUGUUCCCGUUUCUCAGUUUCAAUAUCACGGGACUGAACCUCACGGCUCAUUAUAAUGUUUUCGUGGAAGUUGUGCUGGCAGAUCCGAACCACUGGCGUUUCCAAGGAGGAAAGUGGGUCACCUGCGGCAAAGCGGACAAUAACAUGCAAGGAAACAAGAUGUAUGUUCAUCCCGAAUCCCCAAACACAGGGGCUCACUGGAUGAGGCAAGAGAUCUCCUUUGGCAAGCUCAAGCUGACCAACAACAAAGGCGCCAAUAACAACAGUACGCAGAUGAUCGUCCUGCAGUCCCUGCAUAAGUACCAACCACGGCUUCACAUCGUUGAGGUUACAGAAGAUGGAGUGGAAGACAUGAGCAGCGAGUCCAAGACGCAGACUUUUACCUUUCCGGAAACCCAGUUCAUUGCGGUGACUGCUUACCAGAAUACAGACAUCACGCAGCUUAAAAUCGAUCACAACCCUUUUGCGAAAGGCUUCCGGGACAACUAUGAUUCAAUGUACACCGCUCCGGAGAAUGACCGGCUCACUCCUUCCCCGACGGAUUCGCCCCGAUCCCACCAGAUUGUCCCAGGUGCCCGGUAUUCCAUGCAGCCUUUCUUCCAGGACCAGUUUAGCAACCUGCCCCAGAAUCGCUUCUACAACGGUGAGAGAACGGUGCCGCAGACUAAUGGCAUUCUUUCACCACAGACUGAGGAAGCAGGAGCCCCUUCUGCACAGAGGUGGUUUGUGACCCCAGUACAGCAAGCGGGCUCGAAUAAGCUGGACCUUACGUCUUACGAGGGCGACUACUCCACGAGCACCCUGCUGCCCUAUAGCAUUAAGUCCCUGCCCCUCCAGACCUCCCACGCCCUCGGUUACUACCCGGACUCGGCUUUCGCCUCGAUGGCUGCUGGCUGGGGCUCGCGGGGCACGUACCAGCGCAAGAUGACCACGGGCCUCCCCUGGUCUCCGCGGCCGAGCCCCCCCGGCUUCCCCGAGGACCACCUGUCGAGCAAGGACAAGCUAAGGGAGGAGAACGGCACGUCGUCCUGGAUUGACACCCCUCCUUCCUUGAAAUCCCUGGACUCCUCCGACUCGGGCGUUUACUCCAUGGUCUGCAAGAGGAGACGCGUCUCCCCGAGCAGUUCCAGCACUGAAAACUCUCCGACGAUCAAAUGCGAGGACAUAACCACCGACGACUACAGCAAAGACAACUCCAAAGGCAUGGGGUACUAUGCCUUCUAUACAAGCCCUUAGAUAACCCCUUCGCCUCUUAUUUUUUUUGAAUGUUUGAAUGUUAACUUUCUUUUGUGCUCAGGUCAUUUGAGGAGUUACAGUCCCAGAUUAGUCCCCCUCCCCUGUUUUCUUCAGAAGUGUGCUAUUGUGUGUAAUUCUUACUGAAGGUGCCAAAGCUUUUGAUUGCUCAGAGCAGCAGUUGUGCCAAUAUCUGCCCUUAACGUGACAGUAUUUUAAAAGCUCUACAUUUUUUGAUAAGCAUGCUAUUUUUCUUUUUUUUUUUACAAAUCUGUGAUCUUAUUUAUUGAAAGCUGUCUUUAAUGUACAGUAUAUGUGCACUGUAGAAUGUGAGGUAUCUUGUACAAAAUGUCUCCAUGCCAGUGUCUAUUGAAAAUCGGUAAUAAAAUCCUCUUCAUGUUUUCCGAAAAUCGGAUUUUUCUGGCUUUUGACAAUGGGAUGAUGCCUGUUCCGGUUUCCUGACGGUGAAUCUUGAAUAAAUCUGCGCAGCAUUAAAUACCUUCAAUUUUAAAA